AGCCACAGAAACCCCCCAAUCCAAUUCAAUCCGAUCCCAGCCGCCCGCCAGCACUCCGCCACUCCGCGACGUUGCAACACAGUUUUCAUGGUACCAUCGAGCGUGCCCGAUUCGAGGCAGAGUCCAUUCACAAAUCCCGGGCAGCGGAGGAGCACUCCGGCAAGCGCCGCCCCAUCGGCUGAGUUGUGAAAUCGAAGACGACGAGACGACUAGAACGCCCUGACACAAACUUCAGCCACUGGUGGUGACUGGACUGCAUCGGGGCCACAGCGGAGCCACAUCGGAGCUAAGUAGCAGCCAACGGGAGGAGGAGAAGGAGGAGGAGGCGGCGGCAAAGUGCAGCCGUGGCCAAGAAGACGCGACGCAAUCGAGCAAUCGUAACCAGAAACAGCAGAAGCCAUGGCGCUGCUGACCAUGAUAGCCAGAGUCAUCGAUGGCCUGCCACUGGUGGGGACCAUGCAGGAUGACGAGCAGAGCGGACGCAGCAUACUGGACUACCAAAACCAGGCCAAGAUGCUCUUCCGCAAGCUGGGCACCCACUCGCCGGCACGAAGCAGUAUCGAGACCGGACCCUACCUAUUCCACUACCUAAUCGAGAACGACGUCUGCUACCUGGUGAUGGUGGACAAGAUGUACUCAAAGCGCCUGGCCUUCAACUACCUGGAGGACCUGGCCCAGGAGUUCCACGCCAACUACGGACGACGGGUCAACUCGGUGACGCGCCCAUACGCAUUCAUCGAGUUCGACGUGUACAUACAGAAGGCGAAAAAGCAGUUGACGGACCGCAGACGCAACAUCAGCAGCAUCAACACACAGCUGCAGGAUGUGCAGCGCAUCAUGGUGCAAAACAUUGACGACGUGCUCCAACGUGGCACAGUGCUGGCGGAACUCGACACGAAGACGCAGAACCUGUCGAUGAUGUCGCAGAAGUACAAGAAGGACGCCAAGCUGCUCAACCGCAAGUCCAUGUACGUGAAGGCGGCGGCCGUGGGCAUCAUAUUUCUAGUGUUCAUCCUCUACUUCUGGGUUCUGUAAUAUCAAGCAGUUCCAGCCGCGUGUCUGGGCCCUUGGCCACUCGGAGCGGCGCGUUCUUUGUUUGCGUCAAGCGUCAAAGACGCAAGACCAAAAGACAUUUAGAUUACGCCGACACCUCUACACCUCUACACCUGUACCCCAGAACGAACACACACGCUACCAGCCACACACCGUACAUUUAUGAAUCAUAAGCAGGCGAAAAAGUGAAUAGCGAAACCCCUUCCAGCAUACGAUACGCAUCGCUCCCGAGGCUUGUUUCACUUCUAAUAUUAACUUACCUUUGCGUUAUUUACGGUCUGGGAUUCCAUUAACUAUUAACUCCCAUUUCACAUUUCACGUUUCAUUUCGCUCUGCGCUCGCUUUGUAUGCGCAGGUUUUCUGAAUAUUUGAUUACGAAUCGGGUUCAGUUUAGACGACCUUUGAGCCACGUCGGGCGACGACGACGACGACCCCAAAUCUGUAAAUUAUGAACGCCGAUCCGUUUGUGUGUGUAUGUGUGUGUAUAAAUGUCUAGAUUGUAGAUGGAUCGCCAUGCGAUAGAUACUGACUGCAUAGCGAAUCCGAAUCCAAAUCCGGCGGGGUGAUUGAUACAAACUGCAAGAACACCGCAAAAAACAAAGCAAAAGAAAAGAAAAGAAAACAAAAGAAAUGAAAGUAAACAAUAACAGUUUUAGGCAAUUUAUAUGUAUAAAAUUAAGGCAAAUAAAUCAAUUACGUUGUUUAAUAAAGCGAACACAAAACUGUG